AUGGCCAAAUCGCUACUCGACCUACCUCGUGAGCUCCGCAACAUCAUCUACGAGUACGCACUCACGGAAGAGGAUGGGCUUCUCGUCCAAGAAUGGCCUACGAUGCAUCCCAAGGCGGCCGGCGCCAAGUACGGGACCGAUGCGAACCAGCUGAAGUUCACCUGUCGACAACUCUACACCGAAACGACUGGCCUGGGAUUGCGAUACAACAAGGUGACCUUCGGUGGUCCCUGUGGCUUCGAAUCCUUCGAAGGGUUCAUUGGGGUCGACUGCACGCCUGCUCACUUCGGACGAGUCAAGAGAGUAGUCAUCGUUCAGGAAAGACGGGACAAGAUGUACCAAGAGCUGAAGAGAGCGCAUGCCAUCGGCGAAGCCUAUCCAGCCUUGUCAAUUGAUAUACGCUGCACUGAGAUUCACUAUGCACUUUGCGACUCCUGA